CGUUGGCUCUCCCCCCACCCCUUCCCCGCCCCGAACCUCUCUCCUGGCUCGCCGGGAAUCAGUCUCUUUGGAGUUUUCUGCGGAGCCCGCCGCCGUUUCUCCGCUCCUCGGCCCAGUGGAAGUCACUCGAGGAGGAGGAGGAGGAGGAGGAGGAGCAGGAGGAGGCAGCAGCCGCCCUCGCUGGCCGCCCCCGGUUCGGUGCCCGCGGUCCCGGAGAGGAGGUGCCGCCGCCACCGCCGCUCCCCCCCUCCCGCUGCCCUCGGGCCGGGCUGGGUCGAGCUGCGAUGCCCUCGGACUUCAUCUCAUUGCUCAGCGCGGACCUAGACCUGGAAUCGCCCAAGUCCCUGUACUCGCGAGAUUCUCUGAAGUUACACCCAUCACAGAAUUUUCAUAGAGCUGGACUAUUGGAAGAAUCUGUCUAUGAUCUUCUCCCAAAGGAGUUACAGUUGCCUCCAUCUAGAGAAACAUCUGUAGCAUCAAUGAGUCAGACAAGUGGUGGUGAGGCAGGCUCGCCUCCUCCAGCUGUAGUUGCUGCUGAUGCUUCUUCAGCUCCCUCCUCUUCCUCCAUGGGCGGUGCUUGCAGCUCCUUUACCACCUCUUCCAGCCCUACCAUUUAUUCUACCUCAGUCACCGACAGCAAGGCUAUGCAAGUGGAGGGCUGCUCCUCAGCCGUGGGGGUAAGUAACAGAGGGGUAAGUGAAAAGCAGUUAACCAGUAACACAGUUCAGCAGCAUCCAUCAACACCGAAGAGACACACAGUCUUGUACAUCUCACCACCACCUGAAGACUUGCUGGAUAACAGUCGGAUGUCCUGCCAGGAUGAGGGGUGUGGAUUGGAAUCAGAGCAGAGCUGCAGUAUGUGGAUGGAGGAUUCCCCCUCCAACUUCAGUAACAUGAGCACCAGUUCCUACAAUGAUAACACUGAGGUACCUCGUAAAUCACGAAAACGAAAUCCAAAGCAGAGACCGGGGAUCAAACGACGAGAUUGUGAAGAAUCUAAUAUGGAUAUAUUUGAUGCGGACAGUGCCAAAGCACCGCACUAUGUGCUUUCUCAGCUUACCACGGACAACAAAGGCAACUCAAAAGCUGGAAAUGGAACAUUGGAAAACCAAAAAGGAACUGGAGUAAAGAAAAGCCCUAUGUUGUGUGGACAGUAUCCUGUCAAAAGUGAGGGAAAGGAGCUGAAGAUAGUUGUACAACCCGAGACCCAACACCGAGCUCGGUACCUGACUGAGGGCAGCCGUGGCUCAGUAAAAGAUAGAACGCAGCAAGGUUUUCCAACAGUAAAGCUGGAAGGCCAUAAUGAACCAGUAGUGUUGCAAGUUUUUGUAGGCAAUGACUCUGGUCGAGUGAAACCACAUGGAUUUUAUCAGGCCUGCAGGGUAACUGGACGAAACACAACUCCCUGCAAAGAAGUGGACAUUGAAGGCACUACUGUUAUAGAAGUUGGCCUUGACCCUAGCAACAACAUGACACUGGCGGUGGACUGUGUAGGAAUUUUAAAAUUGAGGAAUGCUGAUGUUGAAGCCAGAAUAGGAAUUGCUGGUUCCAAGAAAAAAAGUACUCGUGCCAGAUUGGUUUUUCGAGUUAAUAUCAUGAGGAAAGAUGGCUCCACUCUGACACUGCAAACACCCUCCUCUCCAAUUUUGUGUACUCAGCCAGCAGGAGUGCCAGAAAUCUUAAAGAAAAGCUUGCAUAGUUGUUCAGUGAAAGGAGAGGAAGAAGUGUUUUUAAUCGGCAAGAAUUUUCUGAAAGGAACUAAAGUUAUUUUCCAGGAAAAUGUGUCUGAUGAAAAUUCUUGGAAGUCAGAAGCUGAAAUUGACAUGGAAUUAUUUCAUCAGAAUCAUCUUAUUGUGAAGGUACCACCAUAUCAUGACCAACAUAUAACUUUACCUGUAUCUGUGGGAAUAUAUGUAGUGACCAAUGCUGGGAGAUCUCAUGAUGUUCAGCCAUUCACUUACACUCCAGACCCAGCAGCAGCUGGUGCUUUGAAUGUAAAUGUGAAGAAGGAAAUAUCCAGUCCAGCAAGACCUUGCUCUUUUGAAGAGGCCAUGAAAGCAAUGAAAACAACUGGAUGUAACUUAGAUAAGGUAAAUAUUCUUCCUAAUGCCCUGAUCACUCCACUGAUAUCAAGUAGUAUGAUUAAGAGUGAAGAUGUUACUCCAAUGGAAAUAACGUCAGAAAAAAGAUCUUCUCCUAUUUUUAAGACAACAAAGACAGUUGGAUCAACUCAGCAAACUUUAGAAAAUAUCUCUAAUAUAGCAGGAAAUGGGUCAUUUUCGUCUCCAUCAUCUUCCCACUUACCAUCUGAGAAUGAAAAGCAGCAGCAGAUCCAGCCCAAGGCGUACAACACAGAGACCCUGACGACUAUCCAAACACAGGACAUCUCACAGGCUGGUACUUUUCCAGCGGUUUCUGCCUCUAGUCAGCUGCCCAACAGUGAGGCUUUACUGCAGCAGGCCACACAGUUCCAGACAAGAGAAAGUCAGUCUCGAGAAGUAUUACAGUCGGACGGCACAGUGGUCAGUUUGUCACAGCUGACUGAGGCGUCCCAGCAACAGCAGCAGUCGCCACUACAAGAACAAGCACAGACUUUGCAGCAGCAGAUUUCAUCAAAUAUUUUUCCAUCACCAAAUAGUGUGAGUCAGCUACAGAAUACCAUUCAGCAGUUACAAGCAGGAAAUUUUACAGGCAGUAGUGCUAAUGGCAGCAGUGGAAGUGUUGACUUGGUCCAGCAAGUUUUAGAGGCACAGCAACAGUUAUCUUCAGUUUUAUUUUCUGCUCCAGAUGGUAAUGAGAAUGUUCAAGAACAGCUUAGUGCAGACAUUUUUCAACAAGUCAGUCAAAUUCAGAAUAGCGUAAGCCCUGGAAUGUUUUCCUCAACAGAGCCAGCAGUCCAUACCAGACCAGAUAAUUUAAUACCUGGAAGAGCCGAAAGUGUUCAUUCCCAGUCUGAAAAUGCAUUAUCAAGUCAACAGCAGCAACAACAGCAGCAGCAAGUGAUGGAAUCAUCAGCUGCCAUGGUGAUGGAGAUGCAACAGAGUAUCUGCCAAGCAGCUGCCCAAAUUCAGUCGGAGUUAUUCCCUUCGCCGGCCUCAGCAAAUGGAAACCUUCAACAGUCGCCAGUUUACCAACAGCCUUCUCAUAUGAUGAGUGCAUUGUCUUCCAGUGAGGACAUGCAAAUGCAAUGUGAAUUGUUUUCAUCUCCUCCUGCAGUUUCUGGAAAUGAAACUUCUACAACUACCACACAGCAGGUUGCAGCCCCUGGCACCUCCAUGUUUCAGACAUCAAGUUCAGGAGAUGGCGAAGAACCUGGAGCACAAGCAAAACAAAUUCAGAGCAGUGUCUUUCAGACCAUGGUCCAAAUGCAACACAGUGGGGACAAUCCAUCUCAAGUUAACCUUUUUUCAUCUACAAAAAGUAUAAUGAGUGUUCAGAAUAGUGGUGCCCAGCAGCAAAGUAAUGGUUUAUUUCAGCAAAGUAAUGAGAUGAUGUCACUUCAAUCUGGGAACUUUUUGCAGCAGUCUUCUCAUUCACAGGCUCAGCUUUUUCAUCCUCAGAACCCGAUUGCUGAUCCUCAGAACCUUUCCCAGGAAACUCAAGGCUCUAUUUUUCACAGUCCAAAUCCCAUUGUCCAUAGUCAGACUUCGACAACUUCUUCUGAACCAAUGCAGUCUUCAAUGUUUCACUCUCAGAGUACCAUCACUGUGUUACAGGGCUCUUCCGUUCCUCAGGACCAGCAGUCACCCAACAUCUUUCUUUCCCAAGGUUCUAUGAAUAAUCUUCAAACUAAUGCAGUAGCCCAAGAAGAACAGAUCUCCUUUUUUGCAGCACAGAACUCAAUUUCUCCUCUUCAGUCCACCUCAAACACUGACCAGCAAGCUGCUUUCCAACAGCAGGCUCCAAUAGCACACAUCCAGACCCCCAUGCUUUCACAGGAACAGACACAACCUUCCCAGCAAGGUUUAUUUCAGCCACAAGUAUCUCUGGGCUCCCUUCCACCUAAUCCAAUGCCCCAAAGCCAACAAGGAACAAUUUUCCAGUCACAGCAUUCAAUCGUUGCCAUGCAGAGUAACUCUCCAUCCCAGGAGCAGCAGCAGCAGCAGCAGCAGCAGCAACAGCAGCAGCAGCAGCAGCAGCAGCAGCAGAGCAUUUUGUUCAGUAAUCAGAAUACUAUGGCUGCAAUGGCAUCUCAAAAGCAGCCACCACCAAACAUGAUAUUCAGCCCAAACCAAAAUCCAAUGGCCAGCCAGGAACAACAGAACCAGUCAAUUUUUCACCAACAAAGUAACAUGGCUCCAAUGAACCAAGAGCAGCAGCCAAUGCAAUUCCAAAAUCAGCCCACCGUUUCCUCACUUCAGAACCCAGGUCCUAGCCAGGCUGAAUCAUCACAGACCCCUUUGUUCCACAGCUCUCCUCAGAUUCAGUUGGUCCAAGGGUCACCUAAUUCUCAAGAGCAGCAAGUAACACUCUUCCUGUCUCCUGCGUCCAUGUCUGCAUUGCAAACCAGUAUAAACCAACAGGACAUGCAACAAUCUCCUCUUUAUUCCUCUCAGAACAACUUGCCUGGAAUCCAAGGAGCCACAUCUUCACCUCAGCCACAGGCUUCUUUAUUUCACAACACUGCAGGAGGCGCAAUGAACCAACUACAGAAUUCUCCUGGUUCGUCGCAGCAGACUUCAGGAAUGUUCUUGUUUGGCAUUCAAAAUAACUGUAGUCAGCUUUUAACCUCUGGACCAGCUACAUUGCCAGAUCAGUUGAUGGCCAUAAGUCAGCCAGGCCAGCCACAAAACGAGGGCCAGUCACCUGUGACAACACUUCUUUCUCAGCAAAUGCCAGAGAAUUCUCCCCUGGCAUCCUCUCUAAAUACCAACCAGAACAUCGAAAAGAUUGAUUUGCUUGUUUCAUUGCAAAACCAAGGGAACAACUUGACUGGCUCCUUUUAACUGGAUAUAAAUUUCAUGAAGAAAGUCCUGAUUCCAAGAUGUCCUGAGAUCUUGUGUUUCCACGAGGAUCAUUGAACUGUUACUUUAAAAACAAAAUUAGAAAAACUGUAUUUGAGUAAAUGGAUAGAUUUUACUCUGCAAAAGAGCACACCUAUGCUGCCUGUUGCAGUGACUAGCCACCAAUGUUAACAUCUUCAUAUUUUGUAUUCCUAAUAACAGUGAUGACUGAGAAACUAUUUGAGUUGCCAGCUGACAGAAUUAACUGUUAAUAUUUUCCUUGGCAUAAUUUCUUUAAAAGUACAGUGUAAAUUCAAGGCUGGACCAACCAACCACACUCAGUUAUUAUUGCUAUUAGAAAAUAGUAUUUGUCAUGUUUACUUUUGUUCCUGGUUAUUUUCUUUCCUGCAUUAUUUAGUUAAGUAAUGGCUUUUGAAAAAGUAAAGUUCAAUAAUAACUAAGGCUGUGAUGUUUUUCAAUAUAAAAAGCACAGCUAGUGGCCAAAGUGAAACAGGGGGUACCAUUCUGAUGAAUAAGCUGUACUAAAAACUCUAUACGGAUAAAAGGACUCAAUUUAACACAAAGACAGAUGACACACAAAACUGGAAACAGCUGGAAUGCUAUUGAUAUUAUUUUUCAGAGAGUUGUUAGUUCUCUGUGUAUCUACUACUAAGAGGUCUAGCCAUAACUGUGCAUAGAAAAAUAAUUAUCUUUCUCUAUAGAAAUGAAGGGGAUAAUAUAUGGUAAAUUAUGUUCUUGUAUCCUCCUACAGUAGUAUAAACUGACAGAGUAAUUUGAGUCUGUUUUCUUCCCCAGUCUUGGGCUGGUAUUCCCUUUUUAUAUGCAUCUAAAUUAUUUCCCACCUCUUUUUCACUUAUGUUAGGCAAGUGUUAAUAUUCUACUGGCUUUAUGACCCUGUAGCAACUGAAAGGAAAAGGCCACUUUGACUGAGGGUGAUCUCAGUCCUGCAGCACGGGGCAAGGAGCACUCUUCUAGGAAUUAUGGGGAGUUGAUUCCUGAGAAACAAUGCACUAUUUUCCCAUGAACGGUGCUGUUCUGAAGUCUUCAAAUUUUUCCCUAUGAUAAAAAAUGACAUUAAUUUCAAUUUUAAAAAAGGCAGACUGAAAUUUCUUGAAACAUCUCUUCUCCCUGAGCUGCAGUGAGUGUGAUUCACUUGUCACCUCAGUGCUUUACAGUUUGAAGUGGUCACUUACCUGAUGGUUCCCACAGCCUUAGGCUUUACAGGGUCAUAUCACUGACUUAAAAUGAAAAAUACACUCCUGUUACAUCUGUAAAGAGCAAAAUAACACACUCCAGAACUUGCAGUUGUAGCAUUAGUUAUACAGUUUUGGGUGUUGCUACCCACGGGAUGCCUGCUUGUCACUCUCACCUGUGUCUGGACCUGUGCUUACGCUCCAUUUUCCUUUUGGCAUGUGGAAAGCUGUCAGUGCAGUGUAAGGCCAACGUAUGUGUGUGGCUUCUAUGUGUUGAUGUAAUGUUUUGGUAUUCUUGUCUGUCUCAUUUAUUUUUUUAGUGCAGUAAACAAAAAUAGCCUGUUAGUUGUGAAUGAAGGCUACUUUUCUGUUAGUUUCUAUUUUCCCUGCCCUGUGCAUUUAAGCUGAAUUGUGUUGAAUUGUGUGGUGUUGGUUUUGUUUAUACAGCCAGAUUUUACCCCUUUUGUGUGAUGGUCUUCCUUUGUUCUUUGAAUGUGCUUGUCUUCUAAUUUGUUUUCUUCUCUUCUAAUAUAUUCUUCCCUCCACCCCAACCCUUUCUUUCUUUCUCUCUCUGAUUGAGAGGCAUUGAAUUACGUUUUCAGUAGUACAGGCUUCUUGCCGAUAUGAAGGGAACUUAUCAGAAAGAGACCUACUAUGGGUCAUUUAAUUUUGAAUACAGUUUUCAAUCGUUCAAGUUUUGGAUGGUUUAUAUCUAAUGUGUGUUUCAUUUUUUUGGAAAGCUAUAUUUUGUAUUUAGGAAAUGGUAUACUAUUUUGCUAUUUGUACUGAGUGAGUACAUUGGCAUAAAUAUAGAAAUUUAUAUAUAUACAUAUAUAUAAACUAUUCUUUUUUUGCCACACAUUUUUGUGGUAAAUUUGUGAGUUUGUCUGAUGUUCUACCACAACGUGGCGUCUGAUAACAGUGAGGGGGGGUUUGUUAUGUCUUUAUUGAGUAUUUAAGUAACUUUUGAAACAAAUGACCUGUUCAUCUGUGGCCGUUCCAUCAGGCAGUUCCUGGAUGUCAUUAGUGGGCCAAAGGCAGCUUGCUGUGUUGCUGGGUCUUCCACUCAGCAAACAAAGAAUAAGGAAACCUAUCAAGGCAGUUGUGUCAAGUGGUAUUUCACAAGAAUGAGCCAUUCAGUCUUUGCUCACUAUAUAUUUAAUAUUUUAUUAUUGUUCUUAUUGUUCUUAUUAAUUGGCUUUCUGUAUUCUAUGCCUUUUAUUUAUAAGGACACUAAAAAUGUUUGUAAUUUUAAUAACAUUUCUCCAUCUUGUAAGAUUCAGAGCUACUUUAUAAAUUCUCUGACCCAAAAAUAUUUUCCUCAAUAUAUCUUCUCUCCCCUGGCCCCUGUUGGAGAAAAUUAUAGUUCAGGUUAUGAAAAGGAUCAGCCACACAAUCCAGUACUUCAGCUUUCAGAUGUAAAACACUAACCCUAAGGGGUUGACUGUAAUACCAGAGAAAGCAAACCAAGCAGGUAUUUUUAAAAGCAGGAAUAAAAAACUACAUUUACUUCUGAAUUUUUUUCUGAGAUUACAUAAGAGACUCAAGAAGUCUGUUCAUUCACCAAGUUCCAAUUAGAAUGUUUGUUGCUACCGCACUAUGGAAGGAAGUGGUGGCAAGAAGGCUGGCUUGUGUGCUGAUUUGUGUUCUGUGGUUUAGCAAGAGAUUUAUCAGUCUAAAAUGUGGAUUGGCAAUGCCAAGUCACUGGGACCAAUUUUUUGUUUUAUAAUAUCUAAGUGUAGAACAGAACAUAUACCUGAACUAUAGUGAUUCAAUUGGAUGGAGGCAGAAAACCCAAUUUUUAUUCUCAUAAAUUUUGUGGUUAUUUAUACAAGGGCUGUGCUUACUACCAUAUUCUUAUUCAAAAUGAUUUUUUUUACAUUGUUAAAUGAUUCUUACCCCUAAAGGUCAAUGUUAAGUACAACAUUCUGAAUACAUGAUUUGGUUACAAAGAGUAUUUGUCUUAUUGAAGAGUUAGCUCAGUGGUUGAUACUUGUGCUAAUACAAUUUCCCAGUUAUUGUUACAAGUUAUAGCUACAUAUGGGAGAGACUGUGCAUCAGCAAAGGCCUUGGAGACAAUUUCUAUUAAAUUUAUUUUUGGCAGAAGGACCUAAAUAAACUGUGAACCACAUUUUGUUUCUUUAUAUUACAUUCAAUUCUUGCUUAUUCACAUAAAUCCUUGGAGCUUAUCUGUGUGUGUGUGUGUGUGCGUGUUACUCCUUUUGUCAUUCCAUUAUAUACUCCACAUCUACAUAGGAGGAAGAUAAUUAGAAAUUAUAGGUUGCUUCUGAGCUUAUCAUCUUUGUGAUCAGAGUCUCAUGUUGUUACUUAGCUAACAUGAAUCUGUUUUACUCAUUCUCCCUAGACAGGUUUUUAAAGGGCUUCAUUUAUUAUAGAAAUAUUAGUAAGGGAUUUUCCUUCCAUGUUUCCCUUCCUCCCUCCUUACCUCUCUCCCUUCCUUCCUUCUUUUCAUACAUUCUUCCAUCUUUCCAUCCCACCUUGCUUUUUUGGGGGAAUAAUAUCAUAUGUGCUAUACUUCGGAAUUUCAUUAUAGUGCAUUUCUUGCCCCCUCAGAACCUCAGCUACUCUACCUAGAAAAAAUAAUAUCCAAGGAAACGGGAAGAAGCUCUGUCUGCCCCUCCAGAAGUAAAAUAAAAUUCCUUUUGACCUUUUAAGCCAUUAUAAAUAGUGUUAUUUUGGAAAAGUGGAAUCUGUUAGUUCCAUCAUCAAAUAAGGACCAGAAUAAAAUGAUUUGAUAAUUAAAGUCUCAAAUUCAACCUGGUUAUAAAUACUUACUAGAGGUAACCUAAAAGUUUUUUACUUUUCCAUUGAAAAUUUCUGUUCUGAUGUCUGUUUCCUAAUAGAUUUUUAAAACUGACAUUUACAUGAGAUUGAUUAGCUUUACUCACAUCCUCACCACAGGUUUCAUCCCUAACCAAGUUAGCCAUCUUGCAUCUGAGUGCUUCUGAUUAUGUGGAAGGGUUCAAUGUCAGUGAACAAGGGAGACCGUGCAGGUCAACAGACGGAACAGAAGAUGAACUCAAGCAUAUAUAUAUCCUAGUAUGUGGAUUAGUACAAUCUCAUAACAUACUAAGAAGAGGUUUUUCUAUUCUGCCUGUUUGUGUCACUACAGGUAAAUUGUAGAGAUAAUCUUUAUAAUAGAGGAAAUAUCAGCAUUAUAUUUAUGAAGUUUGUGAAUUGUCCUAAUGCUUUGAUUAUUUCCUUAAUCCCUAUUUAUUUUCAUGCCAUUCUAGCCUCAUUUAUUAAUAAAACUCUGGCUGUACUCCACUUGAUUUUUCAGGAAAUUUUUUACAGUAAUAUUUUAAAUAUAGAUUGUUUUUGGAAAAAGUGCCUUUUUACCAUGAUAGUACCCCCCUUAUAAUUUCAUUUUUCACUGUUAUUAAAAAGAUAAGCAGCUCAUUUUAACAGAUCUCAGCCAUCACUUUUUCCAUUUGAACAUUCAUUUUUCCGCUUAGCCAUUCUUUUUUCCAUUUCUUGGUCACCAUAGAAUACUUCAGAAAUUCCUUUAUGUGAAGAAUAACAGAAAAGAAGCACUGCCAGAAGUUCCCAAAGGCAGGUAAGUGAGAGGUUACAGAAUUAGACUUUCUAUAAGUUUAUCUUCCUCUCAGCCAGCUAAUAAUAGGUCUAAUUUGGAGCCUAAGGAAUAUUUUAUUGUCUUUGAGACUCCUUGCACACAAUGGUUGUAGUUAAAUUUCUGGAAGGAGGUAUUUAAAGGAUCUUUUUUGGUCUAAAGUAAAAUUAAAUGGAUUAAAAGAAAUUACUAAAACAUAGUUUAGAUGAGGCCUGGUAAUGUCACAUCAGAGCCUCAGUUGAUUGCCUCGCUAGGAAAAUAGCAUCAGAGGAAAUGAGGUUACCUUGGAGUCUCCAGACCUAAGUGACAAUUAGCAGUUGACCAGAUAACAGUGAGACUGAGUAGGCUUCUCUUGUUUUUGCUCCUUUUGCUUCUACUCUAGCUCCUUACCACAUGGUGGCGCUUGAAGAGAGGCCAGGGUAGUAGUACCUUGGGGAGAGAGCUGCUUUAGUCACGCAAGUAUUUCUGUGACUGUUAGUGGCACUGAAGACUGCACACCUUAUGCCACAUUCUUAAUACCAUAUUGAUAUUAUGCACUUUAAUCAUUCCAGAGAAACUGAGAAUGCAGUAUAGUAAUGAUCUUCUUAAUGAAUACAUCUUAAUUAACCAUUCAGAAUACUGUCUCUCUUUAUUUUAGGUAGCUGACUUAGUAUGAACGUUAUGUGACUAUUUUCUUAAAGGACUAAAAAGGAGUUAAGCCUUUGAAAUGCAGUUGAACAAGGAAAAUGAUUACAUUUUUACAGAUAGUCUUAGAAAUAUUGAAAUAGUCGAUCUACUAAUGUAUAUGUUUGAGAGUUCAUUAAAACCAGCUCUCUUCCUAUAUAUUUUGUGUCAGGUCUAUAGGAACAUUAUGUAAUUUUCUAUGUAUGAUUUUGUGUAAACUAGUGUUUCUGAAAAUGCAGUCCUCAGCCCAUCAGCUAGCAUCAGUAUCACCUGGGAACUAGUUAGAAAUGCACGUUCUUGGGCCCUGUCCCAGACAUUCUGGGUCAGGAACUCUGGAGUGGGGCCCAGCAGUCUGUGUUUUAGCAAGCCCUCCAGGUGACGCUGAUGCACACUGAAUCUGAGAACCACCGGGAUGAACUCAUCUAGUGGGAACUGGAAAGUCCCUCUUCCCACUGGUGCACUCAGCUUUCAGCUGUCAUUAACCAUUUAUUAGCAGUUACAAUGUAGUAUCAGUAUUGCCUAAGAAGGGGAUAUACAAUUAAUCUAGUUAUUGAUAACUCAACUUUGUUUGGCAUUUUCCUGCCAUUUAACUAAAAAGUUUACAGUGACUGAUUAAGUAUAUAUGUGCAAUGUUCUAUGUUUCUUUUAAUUAUUGUAACAUUUAAUUAGUGAAUAUAAUUGAUGGGUGCUAACGUUCCCUGUCAUCCCUAAAAUGGGCAUAUUGUGGGCUCUACAAUACAAGCUUUCUUUUCAUUGCCUCUUACUUUGCCAGCAGACCACAGUUUUGCUCUACCUGGACCAAUUCUCAGAACGAAAUUGUCAUUCCUUGUAUUUAUAGGUGUAUCUGAGAUAGUUAGCAAGAUGGCUGGCCAGGUUGACACAACACCUUAUUUUCUUUUUUCAAGAGGUCAAACUUCUUUAAAAGUAGCUUGUUUGUAUAAGAACUGAGGCAGUAGAGAUGUAGCUGUCCUUAGGGCUUACGCUUUAGACUUGAGUUAUUUACCAAAAUAAAUAUUAGGUAAGAUAAUAUAUAAUUUGGGCAUUUUUCCUGGUAAAUAGAUAACCACAAAAUAAAGACUUAUUCGCUUUUACCUCCUUGUGUAAAUUGGUACCUCCCUAACUGUUCUAAUCUUCCUCCUAAUGUUUAUAAAUCGUUAGUUAACUCAAGAAUAAAAAUAAAUGUAUAGUCACUUUGUUAAAAUCACCACUGUCCUCUUUCCUUAAUCCUGGCAGUGGAAAUAUAUGUGGCUUGCUCUACAAACUUCACAAACUUUGGUGCUGGCAAAUACACAGGCAAACUGUUGUUGAGAGAUACUCAUUACAUUCCUCUUCCUUCCUUAAUCCCUCUCCCUUUCCCUCAUUCACUCAUAAUAUAUUCCUGUACUCAAAGCAUUCUACCAUAAUUCUGUUCGACUCCAACUUGGAAUACCUCCUUUAAGAAUUCCACGUGUAACCAGACCGUCCCUGCUUGCUCACUCAUGUGUUCAUAUGCGCUCUCAUAUCCAUCCCUCCCCGUCUCUGUCUCUGUCUCUCUCCAGAAGUCAUUUGCCUGGUUUAAAAUAUUUUAUAGGAUUGCUUAUUAUUAUUUUAGCUAAUAAACCUCAGGACAACACACAGACACACACACAGGAUGCCAGACAUUUUUGAGAGUGGGUUUGGAAUCAGAUUCUUUGUCUAUUAACGAACUAUCCUGCACUGAAGUGAUUGUGACCAUAGUAGUUACAGACUGAUUCCAGUGUACUUGAGCUCACUUCUUUUGAUCUAAUGAAUGUAUCUGUUCACCUUGUUCCCUUACUUCUUCGAUAAGCUCCAAGUAGCUGCCACUUUGACACUUGCAAGUUCCACUCACUUGUUUUAGUCUUCUAAGUAUACUACAGAUAUUUCAUUAAACAGUUUCAAGUGGUUUAGCUAUCAUUCUGCCAAUUUACAAUUUUUCACUUAAUUUUAUUUGAGCACACUGAUCAACCACUGACCUGCCUUCUUCCAUUGUCCUGCGAUGACGAAAGGUUACAUUUGUGUGUCUGUGGCUUUCAUAGUUGGGAUUUCAGAGCACUGAUGCCAGGGAUUUCCAGUUUGUUCUCUGGGGGAAUUUCAUUUGCAUCUAUGUUUUUAGCUAUCUGUGAUAACUUGUUAAAUAUUAAAAAGAUAUUUUGCUUCUAUUGGAACAUUUGUAUACUCGCAACUAUAUUUCUGUAAACAGCUGCAGUCAAAAAUAAAACAUUGAAAGUUUUCAUUUUG